AUGGAAGGAUUAGCUAUCAGAGCAUCGCGACCGUCGAUCUUCUGCUCCCUUCCAGGUCUCGGCGGCGAUUCUCAGCGACGACAUAUAACCGACGGUUUCCUUAGGCUGCCGAAGUCAUCGAAUGCGGCGGAUAACCCAAAAUUAGUCGCGAAUUCUGCUUCUUUUCAUCCAAUCUCCGCCGUCAAUGUCUCUGCUCAAGCUUCCCUCACCGCCGAUUUUCCCGCCCUUUCAGAUGCGAUCGACAACAACUUCUUCAACAAAAGGGUUGUGUCAUUUGGAUCACUGGUCUCAGCGGUUCAGGUUUCUAAAAUUAAACAUGCUUCCUCUGUUUACAAAAACGCAGCAGUUGCGUUUGCGUUUGCGUUAGCGUUGGCGGUAACUCAUGGUUCUUCUGAUUUAGGAAAAAGCACGGUUGCUUGUGCGCUAAGCAAAGCAUUGUUUGAAAGAGGCAAACUUACUUACGCACUCGACGGCGACAAUGUACGCCACGGCCUUAACCGGGACCUCACUUUCAAAGCAGAGGACCGUACCGAAAACAUACGCAGGAUCGGUGAGGUGGCUAAGCUGUUUGCUGACGUGGGAGUCAUUUGUAUAGCAAGUUUGAUUUCUCCGUACCGGAGAGACAGAGACGCGUGCCGGUCGCUGUUACCGGAAGGCGAUUUCGUGGAGGUUUUCAUGGACGUUCCUCUCUCUGUGUGUGAGUCAAGAGAUCCAAAGGGGUUGUACAAGCUCGCACGUGCCGGCAAAAUCAAAGGCUUCACUGGAAUCGACGACCCUUACGAGCCACCAUCGAAUUGCGAGGUCGUGUUGAAACACAGUGGAGACGACGUUUCUGGUUCGCCACAUCAGAUGGCUGAGAGCAUCAUCUCGUACCUGCAAAGCAAAGGUUACCUUGAAGGCUAA